AUACGACCUUACCCGACAACAAAACACGAUGUUGUCGAAGUCAAAUACAAAACCAGUGAUAAUCCCAAGGGAUAUAUAUCAGUUUACCAAUACCUGUUGAAUGGUGAACUAAUAAUGCGCAACAAAGAGGAUGGUUACAUCUUGUGGAGCAGUUUGUGGAAAGUUAAUGUAGCAACCAUGCUGAAAAUGGAACCAGAUAUUGGUGAAGUUGUGCGAACUGUCAAACAUGGUGUUACACAAAUCAGAGGAACAUGGAUGCCGUACGAGGUGCGUGAACGAUUCUGGUUAAUGGCAGGUUGGGGCGUGAAGGAGGAGCUAGUCCCAUUAUUUGGGUAA